AUGCCUCCCAAAGGAUCGCGCGUCGUCCACCACGACAAUGACUCGAGAUCGGACGGCUCGAGUUCGAAGACCAAUCACAACACAGCGAAGAACAAGCGCCCGAACGGCACGAGCAACCUUCGUGAUGCGAAGAGCGUGAACGACACAACUGCGGCACAAAAUGCCUCGUCUAGCAAUGGCUUCACGUGGGCUCAGGAAGACCUGUCCCUCUUACAGCAAUACCGCGCCGCACAUCGCAUGGAAACGCCUUCAGCAUUCAAUUCGAUACGCAAUCAGUUUUUGCUUAGCAACCCGGGUAUCGGUAGACAGUCACCGACCAUGGCAAGGCGCAAAGCAAAGAGGAAGGUACCCAAGGAACAACUCGCCAUGGCAGUCAGGAAAAACUUCAACGAUGCAGCUGUCAAUGAGAUUGACGUUAUGGUCGAUCUGCUGUACAAAGUGCGCAACCAGGACAAGGCGUUCCGUCUUCGAUCGGCACCUAGCAGAAGUAACAAGUGA